CGGCGGCGGCGGCGGCGGCGAAGGGGCUUUUUACCCGUAGUUACCCAGCUGCGGCUGCCGCGGCGGGAUGGUGUAGCCGGGUCUCCGGCAAGGCGGCGGGGCUCGGGCCGGGGCAAGGCGGCCUGGAGGGCCGACGCCGCCUGACGGGCUCGGGUACAGGGGCAGCACGCUGAGGGGGCGUCGCCGCCGCCGGCCCCCGGCGCCGCCGCGGGAGGCCGCGCCCGCCAUGGCGGCCCGGGCGGUACUGGACGAGUUCACGGCGCCCGCCGAGAAGGCGGCGCUGCUGGAACGGAGCCGCGGCCGCAUCGAGGGCCUGUUCGGUGUGAGCCUGGCCGUGCUCGGCGCGCUCGGGGCUGAGGAACCGCUCCCUGCGCGCAUCUGGCUGCAGCUCCGCGGGGCGCAGGAGGCGGUGCACAGCGCCAAGGAAUAUAUUACAGGAAUCUGUGAACCCGAACUAGAAGAAAGAGAAUGUUACCCCAAGGCCAUGCACUGCAUUUUUGUUGGGGCACAGAGCCGGUUUCUGAAGAGCUUGAUUCAGGACACCUGUGCCGAUCUCUGCAUUCUCGACAUUGGUCUUCUUGGCAUCAGAGGAAGUGCCGAAGCUGUGGCCAUGGCUAGGAGUCACAUUCAGCAGUUUGUAAAGCUCUUCGAGAAUAAUGAGAACCUACCCAACAGCCAAAAAGAAUCAGAGGUAAGAAGGGAAUUUAAACAAUUUGUUGAAGCUCGUGCAGACAGUUACACGAUGGACUUGUUGAUUUUACCCACUUCCUUGAAAAAAGAACUUUUGGCACUCACCCAAGGUGAGGAGAAUCUAUUUGAAACAGGAGAUGAUGAUGUAAUUGAAAUUAGAGAUUCUAAACAAACAGAGUUUACACAGAAUGCUGCCACAGGGCUGAAUAUUUCCAGAGAUGAAAUUGUUUUGCAGGAAGAGGCAAGAAAUAAAGCUGGGACUCCUGUUUCUGAGCUUACAAAACAAAUGGACACAGUCUUUUCUAGUUCACAAGAUGUACUUUUUGUUCCAAUAAAUGGUGUAACGCCAGAUGAAGAGGCGCUUUCCAAAGACAGAGUUUGUCACAAGAGGAGGUUUUCUGAUUCUGAAGAAAGGCGUACCAAGAAACAGUUUUCUUUGGAAAAUGUUCAAGAGGGAGAGCUUUUACAUGAUGGUAAGACAUUAGCUGGAAGUGUAAUCAUUGACCUAUCUGAUUCUUCUACUGAUGCCGAAAAUUUAAGUCCAGAUGUAAAAGACACUACUGAGGAAAUGGAAUACAACAUCCUUGUAAACUUUUUUAAAACCAUGGGCUAUUCCCAAGAAAUUGUAGAAAAGGUCAUUAGGGAGUAUGGGCCAUCUACUGAACCAUUAUUACUCUUGGAGGAAAUUGAAAAGGAAAAUAAAAGAUUCCAAGAAGACAGAGAAUUUCCACCUGGUACUGUGUAUCCAGAGACCAACAGAACCAAAAAUAAAGGUGUUUGUAGCAGCAUAAAUGAGCUUACAGCAGAUUCCACUCCAAAGAAAACACAGACUCACACACAGCAAAAUAUGGUAGAAAAUUUUUCUCAGUUACCAUUCAAAGUAGAAUCGAAACCAUGUACCUCAAAUUGCAAAAUUAAUACUUUCAGAACAGUGCCAAUAGAACAGAAACAAGAAAUCUGGAGUUCAAAUCAGAACUACAUUUGUAAUAUAGCCCUUGAAACUGAUGGCCUUUUACCCUCUCUAGCCCCUUCAAGUCCCAAAGAAAUUGUCAAUUUUGUUUCAAGAGGAGCUUCAAGUCACCAGCCCAGAAUUCCAGUUUUUCCUGAAAAUGGUGUGCAGCAGCAAGCAGAACCCUUGCUUCCAAAUAAUAUGAAGUCUGCCUGUGAAAACCGCUCGAGGUGUUGUACCUCUCCUCAGUCUAAACCAAAUUGUCCACCCCUUUCUCCACCAGUGCCGCUGCCCCAGCUGUUACCUUCAGUUACCGAUGCAAGGUUGGCAGGACCUUCUGAGCAUAUCGAUUCCUCAGUUACUGGGGUUCAAAGAUUUCGCGAUACUCUGAAAGUACCCUACAAGCUGGAAUUAAAAAAUGAACCAGGGAGAACGGAUUUGAAGCACAUUGUUAUAGAUGGGAGCAAUGUUGCAAUUACAGGCUCAGGUGUGACACUUGGCUGGAGCACCAAGACCCUGUCAGCCACACAGCUGUGUCAUCCUGGAGAAGAUGGACUGAAGCCAGGAGAAAGCUAGAGGAUGGGAGACCUGUCAGAAGCAUUAUUGGGGCUUCCCUGGUGGCGCAGUGGUUGAGAGUCUGCCUGACAAUGCAGGGGACACGGAUUCGAGCCCUGGUCUGGGAAGAUCCCACAUGCCGCGAAGCAACUAGGCCCGUGAGCCACAAUUACUGAGCCUGCGCGUCUAGAGCCUGUGCUCGGCAACAAGAGAGGCCACGAUAGUGAGAGGCCCGCG